AUGAAAGUAGGCAUUAUAAUGGGUUCCGUCAGGGCUAAGAGGAUAUGUCCCGAAAUUGCAGCAUACGUAAAAGCUACAAUUGAAGAUAACGGAGAAUUAUUCAGUGAAAAGGUUGAGCUGCAAACAGUAGACUUACAACAGAUUGCGUUACCUUUAUAUGAAGAUGACGACGAAUUGAUACCGGCUCACGUAAAGAGUGUGAAUGACUAUGCGGACUGCAAAACUCGAUCAUGGAGCCGCAUAGUAAAUGCAUUGGACAUUGUUAUUUUCGUCACACCUCAAUACAACUGGGGCUAUCCAGCCGCUUUGAAAAACGCAAUCGAUCGUAUUUACCAUGAAUGGUGCGGGAAAGCUGCUAUGGUGAUAAGUUACGGCGGUCAUGGCGGCAAUAAGUGUAAUAGCCAACUGCAAGAGGUUCUACAGGGGUUGAAGAUGAAUGUGGUAGGUGGAGUCACGAUGAAGAUCCCAGUAGGCACGGUGCCAUUGCCUGAGGGAAUAAUACCACAAUUCAGUGCACAUAAUGAAAAGAUUUUGCAAUUGGUUGCUUCUUGCAUCGAAGCAACAAAGAAUGCGGCAUAG